GGUCCAUUAGAUGACAUGAUAAGCUCUGCCGCAAGUGGCGCUGCGGAUUUCCCACCGUCUGCGGACAGCGGUGACGGGAGGAGGCGACCGCGCACUCCAUCACCCGGACAAACCCCAUCCACACCGGCGUCCAGACUCAGCGGCAGCCGCUCCUCAUCAAGCACCGCGCCGAGGCCCGGAGGAAAAGGAAGCAGAGAACCCGAGAGAGAUCAUGCGCGUUUGGUGAGGGUUCGAGGCGCGGCCGCUGUUCGUGGUGCUGAAACUGGGGCGGGGACGGAUGCGGUUUGGGAAACCGAGGAAAGGAUCGAACGCCCUCCGCAAUCGGACUCACGUCGCUCGCUGCGUUUACCGUGCGUCAGGAGAGACGCGUCGCAGGAGCAGAGCGGCGCUGUUGUGAGGGGGAGAGCGAGAGAAAGCGAGGCCGCUGCGGGCGGAGAGUACGUGGGCUGCGGGCCGGCCUUCUGUCUGCAGACCGAACUCAUUCACUUUCACAUCAACAAGCGCUUCAGGAGAGUCGGCAGGAUGCAGCGCAACGCAUCAGAAGAGACGCGGCCGGGAUCCGACGCGCAGGCCGCUAGCGUGACCGCCGAGUCCGUGACACAGCAGAAUGAAAACCUGCAGGAUGAGAUCGAGAGACUGGAGGAUGAAAACGAGGAGCUUAAGAAUGAAAUCGAGGAGAUGCGGACUGAGAUGGAAGAGAUGCGCGACACCUUUUAUGAGGAGGACACCUGUCAGUUACAAGACAUGCGGCGUGAGCUGGAGCGAGCCAACAAGAACUGUCGCAUCCUGCAAUACAGACUUCGCAAAGCUGAACGCAAACGUCUGCGCUACGCACAGAGCGGCGAGAUCGAUGAGGAUCUGCUGAGGAGCUUAGAGCAAGACUUGAAGGUUGCCAAGGAUGUUUCUGUAAGACUUCACCACGAGCUGGAGAACGUGGAGGAGAAACGAACAAAGACUGAAGAAGAAAAUGAGCGACUUAGACAGAAACUUAUCGAGGUGGAAGUCACCAAACAAGCUCUGCAGAAUGAGCUGGACAAAGCCAAAGAGUCUCAGAAACGAAGAGGCAGCAAAGACGCCCAAAAGCCUGAGAGGAAGAUUCAGACUCCUACAGAGGAGGACAACGAUGACUUAAAGUGCCAACUAGCCUUCAUCAAAGAAGAAGCUACUUUGAUGAGAAAGAAAAUGGCAAAGAUCGACAAGGAAAAGGAUCGCUUAGAACAAGAAUUAAAUAAGUAUCGCUCCUUCUAUGGAGAUCUGGACAGCCCCCAUCCAAAGGGAGAAGCCGGUGGUCCUCCCACGACCCGAGAAUCGGAGCUGAAACUCCGCUUGCGAUUGGUGGAAGAGGAGGCCAACAUCCUGGGCCGCAAAAUCGUCGAGCUGGAGGUGGAGAACCGUGGCCUGAGGGCGGAGCUGGAGGAUCUCAGAGGGGAUGAGUCAUCCAACGGGGGUCUGUCCGGAGCAGAGGGAGGAAUGGGGCGCGAGCAGGGGUCCGAGGUGUCGGAACUUAGACAGCAACUCCAGCUGGUGGAGGAUGAGGCAGAACUUCUCCGGAAUAACCUGGCAGAUGUAGAGGAGCAGAAUAAGAGGGUGACGGUCGAAUUGAACAAGCUGCGUUUUAAAGAGGGCACAAGGCACGCUUCAGGUGGGAACGCGACGGGUGGAGCCGGAGAUGGCACCAAAAACGAAGCCUUGCAGGAGGAGCUCAAGACCGCCAGAAAGCAAAUCAACGAACUGAGCGGGAAAGUCAUGCAGUUGCAGUAUGAGAACCGCGUGUUGCUUUCCAACAUGCAGCGCUAUGACCUCGCAUCUCACCUAGCCGUCACGCCGCGCGACAGCGAUGCGGAAAGUGACAGCGGUCCUGGAAUUGGGGGACGCAGGGGUAGCGACGACGACUCGUCUUCCUCCCGCCUCCCUCCCCAUCGUAAGCGUGAGGGUCCUGUUGGUGGAGAGAGCGACUCGGAGGAGGUCCGCAACGCUCGCUGCCUCACGCCAACUCGCUCUCUUUAUUCCCCCGACUCUGCCCGCCUGUUUUUGCGCUCCAUACGGGACAGGCAACAGAUGAUCGACAUCCGCUCCGAAGCGGAGCGAUUGGGACGGACCAUUGACCGACUCAUAGCCGACACCAGUAACAUCAUAGCGGAGGCGCGGGUGUUUGUGGCCAACGGGGAUCUUUUCGGCUGUACGGAAGAUGAUGAAGAUGGAGGCCGGAUCAGGGAGCACGAGCUACUUUACCGCAUCAACGCUCAGAUGAAGUCCUUCAGGAAGGAGCUCCAGGGGUUUAUAGAUCGACUAGAACUCCCAAAACCUGAGGAUAGAGAUUCAGAGGAACCAUUGUCUAUGUUUCAGCCCAUCAUUUUGUUUAUCCUCAUAUUAGUCUUGUUCUCCUCACUUUCUUAUGCUACCAUUUUUAAACUUGUGUUUCUUUUUACCCUCUUUUUUGUCCUGUGAUCAGCACCCUUCCUCUCAUUAGCAUAGUUU